UGUACAUCAUCAACAUUCUCAAGAUGGCGCUGCGCAGUCAGGCGGGUGGAAGGAACGCGCUUCGUUUUGAAGACGAUGACCUGGCUACUCACUCAUCACUUGAGCAGGAAAAGGUGGAGGAGUCGGUAGAGCAGCUCUACUCCAACUUCCACAGGAGGUCAGAUGGGGACGCUGACCCGGUUCUACACAGGGAGAAACACCUGUCAUACUUGAAGAAGGGACUCAGACACCUGUCCGAUGCGUAUGAGUGCCUGGAUGCCAGCCGACCAUGGUUGUGUUACUGGAUCGUCCAUGGUCUGGAGUUGCUAGAAGAACCCAUCCCAGAAGAAACAGUCACAGAUAUUGCACAGUUCCUGUCAGCGUGCCAACAUCCAAAUGGUGGAUUUGGAGGUGGCCCCGGACAGCUGGCGCACCUGGCUCCGACAUAUGCAGCUGUCAACGCCCUGUGUAUCCUGGGUACAGAGGAGGCCUAUAACGUCAUUGACAGACCCAAGCUGCAGAGGUUCCUCCUGAGUGCCAAGAGACCAGACGGAGCGUGGAUCAUGCACCAGGGAGGGGAGGAGGAUGUACGGGGUGCGUACUGCGCUGCCUCCGCUGCCACCCUCACCAACAUCAUCACACCUGAGAUGUUUGAGGGCACACCGGAGUGGAUAGUCAGAUGUCAGACCUAUGAAGGAGGUAUAGCUGGUGUCCCAGAGAUGGAAGCCCACGGUGGUUACACGUUCUGUGGGUACGCAGCCUUGGUCAUGCUGGGCAGGGAGAGACUCAUAGACACCAAGAGUUUACUGAGAUGGACUGUCAACAGACAGAUGAGAUUAGAAGGUGGUUUCCAGGGUCGGACCAACAAGUUAGUUGAUGGCUGCUACUCCUUCUGGCAGGCCGGGACCCUCCCCCUGCUGCACAGGGUGCUGAUGAUGGAGGGUGACGAAGCACUCAGUAAAGAAUCCUGGAUGUUCCAUCAAGGUGCCUUACAGGAGUAUGUCCUUAUCUGCUGCCAGUUCAUCUCAGGGGGACUCAUAGACAAGCCUGGCAAGGCCAGGGACUUCUACCACACCUGUUACUGUCUGAGUGGCUUGUCUAUAGCCCAACACUUCAUCGGAGGGAAAUACAACCAUAGCCACGUCUUGGGUCCUACUCAGAAUGAACUGCAUGCCACCCACCCAGUAUACAACAUCAGUCCAGAGGCCGUGGUCCAAGCCAACUCAUACUUCGGUGUUCUCCCAGUCCCAUCUCCAAACUCCGCCGCCUGAACAUCCUUCGACCAGUCCUGUAGAGUCAGCUUUGAGAUUUGACCAGACAACAUUCCCUGUCUGUGUAAUAUACAUGUAUGUUCACUAAGAUGGCAACUAGGCCAGUUCUCUUCACUUGCCUGGGUCUCAUUAGUGUACUAUAGAUGUUUUAUUUGAAUAUAUCAGGGCUUGAAAUACAUUGUACUGGGUACUCUCUUGUGCACCUAAGAUUUGAGCUGUGCACUUAAUAUUUGAAUGUUAGUGCACUGGUGCCCUAAAUUUUUAUGUAAGGUUACGUAUGUAAAGAUAUUUGUAUGAUUGUACACUCAGUACACGGCAUAUAUUUGACUGUCAAAAAAAUAGGUAUUAGAUGUUGAGUCCAUUGUAAAUUUGAAUGCUAGAAACUAUA